AACUUUACCUGACAAUGCAGCAUUAUCAUUGGCAUAUGUUCGUUUUAUUAUGAAUCAAGAAAUCUACGAAGAACUGAUCUUCGCAAGAACUUUGAUAACCGACACUAAAGGUAAAUCAAUACUUCAUGUUUUGAAGGAUUGCUUCAUUGAAAAAGCAAUUCCUUUAUCAAAUAUAAUAUCAGUAGCUACAGAUGGAACACCUGCCAUAGUUGGACGUUAUCGUGGAUUUGUAAGCUAUUUAAAACAAAAUGUGUCAGGGGUGUUAGCAAUACAUUGCGCCAUCGAUCGACAACAUCUAGUUGCUAAACAUUUAAGUGUUAGAUUGCAUGAAUCACUUCAUUUAGUCAUUGAUGCAGUAAAUUGCACAGUUGUGUGAAGAAAAUGACGAACACUUUCAUCAAUUACUCCUUCACACUGAAGUACGCUGGC